AUUGAUCUUGUGGAGUGGGAGCAGCAGCUCUUACGCCGACUGCGUGUUCCCAUUGUGACAGAUGGAAGUCUAUUUUUCUUGGUCCCCGACGAACAGUUAUACGAUGCUUGCCAGGUUGCGGCCUCGUUGGGAUACUAUCCAGAAAGUCCCGAGUCCCUGAAAAAAGCCUACCCAUCAGAGUUCUCGGGCUUAGGUGUGCGGUACAAUAUUGAUCCCAAAACCAAAAAGACACAUGACCGCUUCGACAGGCUUGUUUUCUUACCACUGUCCUGGCCGGGACUGGACUUGCACGAUCUGGAACUAAAAGCGAUACAGUACUCGUGGCUGCGAGACGACCCUUGGAACAUCUGGACAGUACCUCUUGCGGCAGCUUGUACUGCCUGGGUGCGUCUUAUUUGCGCUGAAAAACGAACAAGCUCUUUACGUGAACGGCUCUCUUCAGAUUUUGUUAAUCUUAUUGCCUACAACUUUUAUGAUACAAGCUAUGAAGGAGACUACGAGGAGCUCUUGGGGGAUGACGUGCCGUUGUCAGAGUCCGAACUUUUGGAGAUUGAGAAUGCGGUUAUCACGAUUAACUCUUGGGAGAUGAGAGAUGGGGAGGAAUGGAUAAGGGAAAACCUCCUCAAGAUUGUUUCUUGUACCAUGAUCGAAACCCAGUUGCCCUGGAAAGAUGGCUCCAAGUUUUAG